GCACACAUGGAUGCAGCAGGACUGCUACUGACCACUGUCUACAGACCGCUGCAAGAAGUCGCCUCCCACAAGAACCAACAGGCCGACAUGCUGAUCUGUUUCAGGGAGAACAUCGACUCGGUCAUGAAUCAGGCCUUGAGAGAGGUUACACAGGCAGAGUCCAAGUAUCACAACUCCUUCCAAGAACUCGCCAGUGUUUUGGAUAGCCCCACGACCGAGGGGGAGGAGGUCAGGAGCAAACUACACAAGUGCCACAAUGAUUAUGUUUUGCAAAUCCGAGCCACAAACCGGACAGUGGACGAGUUUAACCGAAUCCUGCCUCAGAUUUUAGAGGCAGCAGGAGGAGAUAAUUCAGCUACAUUUGUCCUUCCACAUCACGCAUUCAAAUCUGCCGUGUCGCAGUCCAGUAACAAG